UUUGUUUUUGUUUUUUAACCUCAAAACUCUUGUGUGUGCGUACAAUGCAAACAUGUCUGAAGUUCCAGUCAUAUGACUCAAAUUAGACGGAGAAAAGAAAGAUUACAUAUUCAAGUUUGGGAAAGGAAAUUUAAACAGAUUUUCAGAUAACUGAGUUCUCGUAUAUGACCCGAUAUUGCUUACUUGUCAUCAUGAUCGUGUUUGUUGUUUACCUAUUUAGGAAGACCAAAAUCACGUGUUUGCUUGCCGGAAACUAUUCUGUUUUUAUUUUUUUGUUUGCUUGUUUUUUUUUAUUUUGUUUUUUUCGCUACUCCAGGUUAGCUAUUGCUUAAUGCUUGCUUCGUUUUUGAAUGAUAUAAACUUUUCGUUGCCUCACUUAGGCGAUAUCUCGCCAUGUUUCAGAAAACCUUAAAAAAUUGUGUCCAUAUUAGGAGCGAGCCAGAUGGAAUUUUUAAAACGAAAACACCAGCAAGGCUAACCGUGUCAUUUUUGCGCACGAAUAAAAUUAUUUUUUUUGCAGAAAGCACUCCUUUGUCAAUUUUUAUAAUCUUAUUUGAUAAAAUAUUAGUGAAAAUAAUAUUAUGCAUGGAGAACAAUAAAUAUAUAAAAACACUCCAGAUGGAUAACAUUAUCAUAAAAUUUCAUUGUCAUGUUUUUAUUAUUUUAACAAAAUAAUUAAUAUUUGUCAGCACUCUUAUGGAUUACAUUUUUUUGAAGAAUCUUUGUAACUUAAAUUUACUUUACGUACGAACGCACGUAUGAACAUACAGAAAAUAUCAGCCCGCCUAACCGAGCCAGCCCUAUUAAUCGCCUCAUAUAAUCAGCUUUUUCAUAGUAAAAAACAGUGUAAUACGAUAAUCUGGAAACAUUUUUUCUUUCUGUUCAACAUGAUAGCUGGUCAAUUUUUUUCAUUUUUUUCUUGUUGUUAUAUAUCCGCCAUUUAUGUUUACAUUUUGUUCUAUGCUAUUGCUUAUACUUUAAAACCAUGUGUUUGUGUUUUCCGCGUAUAUCUUUAUGAGAUUUGUACAUGUGAUCUUAUUAUAAAGAUGGCGGUCUAAGAAGUGUUAUAUACAUUUUCUGUCUGUCUGUUUUUCCCCAUCUUUCUGGAGUUAUAAUAAGUGGCGACGAGGAUAUAUUACCGAAAUGGCUACCUACGGAAAAAUUGGAGAGUUUGAUCCGGCAACGGAACUCUGGAACAAUUACAUCGAGAGAGUGAAUCAGUUCUACAUAGCAAAUGACAUUGCAGAUGCCACCAAGAAGAGAGCAAUCCUGCUGAGCUCAUGUGGAGCCAAAGCCUACCAGCUGUUGAGAGGUUUGUCAAAUAACGAUCCUGCUUCCAAAUCUUAUGACCAGCUAGUACAAUUAAUGAAAGAUCAUUUAUAUCCCACUCCCAAUUCGAUAGCUGAGAGAUUCAGAUUCAACACUCGUGAUAGGCAACCUUCUGAAACAAUUUCCCAGUACUUGGCAGUUUUGCGUCGACUCAGUGAACAUUGUGAGUAUGGAGAAACACUGGACGACAUGUUAAGAGAUAGACUUGUUUGUGGCAUUAAGGAGGAAAAAAUACAACAAAAGCUCCUGAGUGAGAAAGACCUCACCUUAGCCAAAGCCCUACGAAUUGCAUGUUCUAUGGAAUCAGCAGCAAGCUACUCCAAAAGCAUUCUCCAACAUCAAGCGACAGGCAACAUUUCAGAGAGUGUCCACGCUUUGGAGAGAGCCCGAGACAACCCAGGGAGGGAUUGCUAUCGAUGUGGAGGGACAAAACAUACAGCAGAGGCAUGUCCAUUCAAGGAUGCUGAAUGUUAUUAUUGCCACAAAAAAGGACACACCGUUAAAAAAUGUCGUCAAAAGAAACGAAAUGAUGAGAAAUCCAGACCACCCCGGAAACCAAUAAACCAACUGGAGUCCGAACAUGAAGGAAAUGUUUACAACGAAACUGUUGAACAGUCCGAUAUGUUUAACCUGUAUAAAUUAGAAGGGAGCAGAGUUGAACCGCUUUUUGUAAAUGUCAGUAUUGAAGGAAAAACCAUCAAGAUGGAGGUCGAUACCGGUGCAUCGAUGUCGGUGAUAAGUGAAAAAACAUUACGGAAAUGCAUUCCAGAGUUGACCAUCCAGCCUAGUAACUUAAAGUUAAAAACUUUUACAGGGGAAAUCAUAACACCCUUGGGAUCAGCUGCUGUAAACGUUGAACACCAAAAACAGAAAUACACACUGUCAUUGACUAUCGUACCCGGGGAAUCUCCUUCAUUGUUAGGUCGAGAUUGGCUAAAAGUAAUCAAGUUAGAUUGGCCCAGUUUGUUCCAGGUCAAGCAUUCUAGCAAUACCAAUCUACAACAAAUAUUAGUACAGCAUGCCGCCGUGUUUACGGAAAGUAUGGGAUUGCUGAAGGACUUUAGAGUCCAUAUUCCUGUGGACUCCUCUGUCGCACCAAAGUUUUGCAAAGCACGACCAGUCCCGUAUGCCUUAAAAGACAGGAUCGACACUGAACUUGAUAGACUUGUACAAGAUGGCAUAUAUGAACCAGUUGAAUAUUCAAGAUGGGCAGCCCCUAUCGUACCGGUAAAGAAAGAGGACGGUACUAUCAGAAUAUGCGGCGAUUACAAACAGACAAUAAACCAGGCUGCACCUUGUGACUCUUAUCCAAUUCCGCGAACUGAAGAUCUUUUCGCCUCAAUGUCAGGGGGUGAAAAGUUCACAAAGCUGGAUUUGAGUCAUGCAUACCAGCAAUUGGAGUUGGACGAGGAAACAAGAGAAUACCUCACAAUCAACACACACCGUGGCUUGUACCGCCCCACAAGACUUCAGUAUGGAGUACAUUCCGCCACCGGCAUUUUUCAGAGGGAAAUGGAUAGGCGACUCCGCCAUAUACCACGUACCAAAGUGCGAGUAGACGAUAUUUUAAUAUCUGGUAAGGAUGAUGAGGAACAUUUGAGAAAUUUAUCGUCAGUCCUGCAAGUGAUUGAAAGCUCUGGAUUGCGACUGAAGGAAGUCAAAUGCGUAUUUCUAGCAGAAGAGGUGACUUAUCUGGGUUACAACAUUACCAAGGAAGGAAUAUCGCCUUCACCAGAGAAGGUCAAAGCUAUAAGGAAUGCAGCCCCUCCAGAGAAUGUUACACAGUUAAAGGCUUAUCUCGGAAUGCUCAACUAUUAUAAUCGUUAUCUACCAAACCUUUCUGCAAUGAUUGAACCACUGCAUCGUCUGCUGAGGAAGGGGACAACCUUUCACUGGAAAACCGAACAAGAAAAAGCGUUUACCGAAUCGAAAGCUCUACUAUAUAAAGCACCGUUGCUGACGCAUUUUGACCCCCAACGUUCGAUCCUUGUGUCCUGUGACGCCUCUCCUUAUGGGAUAGGUGCUGUUCUCGCCCAUGUAAUGGAUGAUGGUUCCGAGAAGCCCGUAUGUUAUAUUUCACGGACUCUUUCUCCAGCAGAGAGGAAUUAUGCCCACAUUGAGAAAGAGGGUUUAGCCAUAGUAUUCGCAGUCAAAAAGCUUCAUCAAUAUCUUUAUGGACAGUCUUUCAGAAUUAUAACUGAUCACAAACCUCUUUUGGGACUAUUCGGACAAAACAAACCAAUUCCACCGCUUGCAGCUGCUCGUGUUCAGAGAUGGGCCCUCCUGCUGUCUGCUUAUAGCUACGUCUUGGAGUACAAACCAGGUGUCAAUCACGCCAACGCUGACUGUCUAAGCCGCCUUCCACUUCAAGCAGACAGUUCUGAUUACUCGAACAAUGAAAGUGCAAUUCACAUGAUGGACCUAGUGCAAGCACCACUAACCUCCGCUGAUGUUAAGCUACAUACAAGUCGUGACCCAGUCCUGAGCAAAGUGUUGGACUUGAUAUCCAACGGUUGGAAAGUAAACCGAGAAAUAGAAUUACAACCGUACUUUUCAAGGAAGGAUCAACUCAGCAUCGACAACCAAUGCUUGCUGUGGGGUUCUCGUGUCAUUAUACCAAGCUCGUUACGACCACAACUGCUUGGACAACUUCACCAGUCUCACCCAGGGAUCACUCGCAUGAAAAGUUUGUCGAGAAGUUUUGUGUGGUGGCCAAAGAUGGAUUCUGAGAUUGAGUUAACCGUCAAAAAUUGCAAAACCUGUGAAAUCCACCAAAAAAUGCCAGCUGCAGCACCAAUACAUUCCUGGGAAUACCCAAGCCAACCCUGGGAGCGGAUCCACAUGGAUUAUGCGGGACCGUUUUUGAACAAAAUGUUUUUGAUAGUUGUUGAUGCUUUUUCAAAAUGGGUGGAAGUAAUAGUCAUGAAUAGCUACACCUCCACUGCGACUAUUGAGCAACUGCGCAAAAUCUUUGCCACGCAUGGCCUGCCUGGAGUUUGUGUUAGUGAUAAUGGACCGUGUUUCGCAAGCACUGAAUUUGAGCAAUUUAUGAAACGAAAUAACAUCAGACACAUUUUUUCUGCACCAUACCAUCCUGCUUCAAAUGGACAAGCAGAGAGAACCGUCCAAACUGUGAAAAACAGUCUUAAAAAGAUAGAAUCGAAUGGUCAAUCCAUUGAGACCAGAGUAAGCCGUUUGCUGUUCACGUACCGCAUCACACCACACACCACCACGGGCAGGUCACCUGCAGAACUACUGUUCAAUCGUCAAUUAAGGAGUGCCCUCCAUUUCGUUAAACCAGAUCUGAAACAGACAGUCAAGGGGAAACAGAUGGAUUCUGAGAAUCGAAGUCAUCGAUUGAAACCGCUGCGGCAAUUUCUAGACCAAGAGGAGGUACUGAUUAGAAAUUUUGGUCAAGGACCACGGUGGGUGAGAGGAAACAUUUCGAGAAAGAGAGGACCUGUGACAUACGAUGUUGAAGUGGGAGAGAAAAUCGUUCAACGCCACAUCGAUCAAAUGCGAGCUGCAACCGGCGAGAGAUUAGCUGAUUCAGCAAUGGUAGAGACAGACCCACCUCUGGCUGUGCUACCACAGUUUGAACCGUCAGAAGUUGACGAAACCGUUACUGAAAUCGAGCCAAGGGUCCAGUUACCUGUUCCUGAGACAUCUGAGCCGUUUGAAGACGUUGCAGAAGAUGUGAACAAGGACACCAAUUCUCGACCUGAACGAUCUCGCCGUUUACCAAAGCAUUUCGAGGACUAUGACUUGAACCGCAUUGUAUACGUUUAAACUGUGGACUAUUGGUGGAGGAUUGUUAUAUAUCCGCCAUUUAUGUUUACAUUUUGUUCUAUGCUAUUGCUUAUACUUUAAAACCAUGUGUUUGUGUUUUCCGCGUAUAUCUUUAUGAGAUUUGUACAUGUGAUCUUAUUAUAAAGAUGGCGGUCUAAGAAGUGUUAUAUACAUUUUCUGUCUGUCUGUUUUUCCCCAUCUUUCUGGAGUUAUAAUACUUGUCAUUUUUAAGACUUUAUGAACGUCAUUAGCAUUGUGUUUCUCUGCAUAAUAUGUUAUGAAGAUUUUU